AUGUCUUCAAAUUUAAGUUUGCAAGUCAAGGUAGGUACUUUCGUUUCACAACGAAACCAAAACGUAGCUCAGUUUGGUGGGCAGCAUAAAUUUAUUGGAAAGUCAAAUGAAUCAAAAUGUGUAUUUGGCUUCUUAACACAAUUUAGUAGGCGAAAUGGAGCUCUUAAAACUUUUGGUAAACAAAAUAAUGUUUAUUACUAUUCAGCUCCUGACCAAUCUCCCAAGGUAUCUCAAGGAUCUGAAGUUUCGGCAAAAUCUCAGUACGUUGUUUCUGACUAG